AAAGUAUACAUCACCCAAGAGUCCUAACCUGCCGAUAUAUUAUUAUUUUUAGUAAGGUUAUGAUUGUAUUAUAAACAAAGUUUGUGAUUUGUCCUGUUUAAUUGAUUUAAUAACGUUUUGAUUUAGUUUUAAAAUGCCAAAGCGACAUAAAAAGACAGAAAUUCUAGAUGGUUUAAUUAAAAAUACAUUAAUAGAAAGCAUGAACGAAGAUUCAAGAAGAAAUCUCUUUUUGCGCUAUUUCUCCCCGUUGGUCAUUCAUUGAGGUUAUUGUGGAGCCGAGGUUCAAGUGUCUGAACUUUUGUUAAGUUUUCUUAUAGAAUAUCUACUAACCAUUAUCCACCAUGAAGACGUUCCUCGAGUUCCUAUGCAUCUCUUGUUUGCUCACGCUCGCUAUGGGCGUUCCUGCUCGAUAUGACAACAUAAACAUCGACGAAGUACUCAGCAGUCAGAGGCUGUACAGAAAGUACUUCGACUGCUUGGCCAAUAUUGGCAAGUGCACUCCAGAUGGAAAGGAACUAAAAGAAUUGCUUCCUGAGGUGCUUGCAUCAGACUGCGGGAAGUGUAACGAGAGGCAAAAGCAGGGCGCAGAAAAGGUGAUAAAAUUCAUGCUUGAAAAGAAACCAGACGAUUUCUCUGUUCUAGAAAAAAUCUACGACCCCGAUGGUGCCUACAGGAAAAAAUUUGCCACAGAAGCUGAAAAGCGAGGAAUCAAAUUAAGCUAAUUUUCUUUUAUUGAAUUUGAAGCAACUUAUGAUUUAACCAUAAUGAAUACUUUUGGGUAUUUAUACAUUUAUUUCAGAAUAACAAAGAUUUCAGUUCUUUC